AUGCCUGUGGUCAGAGACUGCGUGUACAGCAGCUUGAGCGCAGCUACAGGAUUUGAGGUCGUCCCAGCGGGGGGGGAGCGUCUGCAGAAUGCACGGGAGGCCCCGCUGGUGGAUGAUGGCGAGAUUUCAGGGGGGGAUGUUCAGGAGGGAGAGCAGGAGGGGGUGCUUGUUCAGGAGGGAGGAGAGGAGGGGGAUGUGCAGGAGGGAGGAGAGGGAGGAAGGAGGCAGGAGGAGGAGGCUGAGGUCGAGUUCCUCGAGGCAGGAGAGACAGAAAUUGAGCCGGCGUCAUCCGCGGCUGCGAAGCCCUCCGCCCCUGCCCCCCUUGAGAACCAGGCUCCUGAGUUCCAGCCUGCUCCCGUGCCUCAAACGACUGAUUCUCAGACGGAGCAGAGCCCCCAGGAUCUUACCCCCGUCGGCCUCUUCUCAGGCGACGCCUUCGCGAUCGAGAUCCCCCGGGCAGCCUCCGCUAACGUCAUGCUGUUCUCACAGACCUCUGUCAACCCGUUCUCAGGAGCCUCUUACCCCCCGCUGCCAGAGCAGUCCCUCGAACCGGAAGCAGAAUCAACAGAAAAGUCCUCAAAAAGCAUCCAAAAAAAGGAGAUCGAAAAGAUUGAUGCGAGGGAGCAGGAGGUGGAAGAGGUUCGAACGGCAGAGGGGAAUUUAGAAACGAUCUGGGGGGAGCCUGUGGCGGCAGAAUUGAGGGGGGAGGCUGAGGGUGCGGCAGAAAUGGACGAGGGGCCGAUUCACACCACGCUGGAGGAGGCGCAAGUCGGCAGGCGGGGAGACGAUAGCGGCGCUGAGGAGCAGCGGCCGAGCAAGGGGCCCUUGGACCACCUGUUUGCGGACUUCGCGUGCCCCCCCAAAUUCGUCAGCAAGUGGAAGCUGGUUAAGGAGCUCGGCCGGGGUGGAGAGGCAGUGGUCUAUCACGUGCGAGCUGCCGACGAGGCCGGCACGUGGCGCGACUACGCGAUGAAGGUCGAGCUGCCGGGAGAGGACGGGCGGUACUUGAACAACCAGAUCAACGAGGCCCGCUUCAUGGACGCGUGCCGCGGCCCGCGCGUGAUGCCGCUCGCGGGGUACGCCCUGGUGCGCGGCCGCGUCGCGCUCCUGCUGCCGCUCGCCGACGCGGCCGCGCCGCUCUUCGUCGCGGGCAGGGUGCUCGCGAGCGCGGCCGACUUCUACUGGGCCACGUGGCUGGGCCUGGAGAUCGCUCGAGGAGUCGGGGACAUCCACCGGGCGGGCGUGGUGCAUCGUGACGUCAAGCUGGACAACGUGCACCUGCUCGGGGGAGUGCCCUGCGUCAGCGACUUCGGGCUCGCCCUCCGACCGCACGAGGCCGCCGCCAGCGGAGUGACGUCGACCGCUGGCUACUGCCCCCCGGAGGCUCACGACCGGCAGUCCCAGGACAUGACGGGGGACAUCUUUGCGGCUGGCGUCACCUUCUACACGCUCGUCACGGGCAGGCUGCCCUCCGAUGGCUUUACUUUCGACAUUGAGCUGCGGCUCCACCUGGCGGACGGCGGCCGCUACCCCUGGCCCGCGGAGUGCCGCGCGGUGGGGCAGCCGCUGAUUGACAUCGUCGAGGCGUGCUGGGAGCAAGACGCGGCCGCGCGGCCGACCGCGGCCCACCUCGCGCGGCGGCUCGAGCUGCUGCUCGCGCGCAUGCGGCAGCUGGUCAAGGCGCAAGGCGGGGACGUGACGGUUUAG